AUGUCGAAGAUCAACCACGUCUCAUCCUCGGCGCAGUUCUCCAAAGUGCUAUCCUCAAAUACGUGCGUGGUCGUCGACUUCUUCGCAGAAUGGUGUGGUCCCUGCAAGGCGAUCGCACCUAUUUUCGAACAGCUCGCCACGUCGCAUGCACAGCCUGGUAAAGUGGCAUUUGUAAAAGUGGAUGUAGACCAGAGCCAGGACAUCGCCGAGCGCUACGGUGUUAGCGCAAUGCCCACCUUCCUCGUUUUUAAGAACGGAUCCGUCUUUGAAACCGUCCGGGGCGCAAAUCCGUCGGCCCUCCGCGCUGCCGUGGCUAAGGCCUCCGCAGAGGCAGCCAAGGGCCCCGCGAAAUCCAGCAGCUUCUCGUCAAAGGGAUACACACUCGGAGGAGGCUCAACACCCUCGAGACCAGUGGGCAACGGCGCGGCACUGGGCCAGAGUUUCGCAGACCAGAUAGUCAGGUUUAUCGGGCUUUAUCUCACAACCUUGUUCAGCUUUGAUGCAUAUGCAGCGGCGGAAGCAAGUCCUCUAUCCGUCAGGGCUGGCUCGAGAAGAUGA